CACGGGGCGCCACUCCGCUGACGUAUUGUUUCAGGAAGUGAAUCUCAGCCGACUCGGCUCUCUAGGAAAGCAUGAGCGAUGCUGCAGAUUUAUGAUUUUUAAAUCAAAAGUCUUAAAGGCUACCAGACAUGGAGAACUGGAGCCUUAUCUCACUGUGCGUUCUGCUCGGUUUAACGGCGAGAUGGGCCGUGUCUUUUCAUUCCUACUCAGGUGCAGGUAAACCGCCAAUGUUCGGUGACUAUGAAGCACAGAGACACUGGCAAGAAGUGACUUACAAUCUACCUGUUCAUGAAUGGUACUUCAAUACUACAAAUAAUGAUUUGAACUACUGGGGUCUUGAUUAUCCUCCUUUGACAGCAUAUCACAGUCUGGUCUGUGCUUAUGUAGCAAAGCUGCUCAAUCCUGAAUGGGUAGAGUUGUAUGCGUCUAGAGGCUAUGAAAGCCACUCACAUAAGUUGUUUAUGAGGGCCACAGUUCUUUUUACAGAUAUUUUGAUCUACAUUCCAGCAGUUUUGCUUUACUGCUUCUACUUUUGCGAUGGAUCCUCUAAACAAAAGGUUGCCACAGCUUUCUGCAUCCUUCUGUAUCCAGGACUUAUACUGAUUGACUACGGUCAUUUUCAAUAUAACAGUGUGAGCCUGGGUCUGGCUCUAUGGGGGAUUUUGGGACUUGGUUUGGGCUGGGAUUUGUUUGGUUCCUUGGCCUUCACUUUGGCUCUUAAUUACAAGCAAAUGGAAUUGUAUCACUCACUGCCUUUCUUCUGUUACCUCCUGGGCAAGUGCAUCAAGCAGGGCUUGACUUGGAGAGGAUUUUUUCAUUUGGUCAAGAUCUCCAUGACUGUACUGGUGACCUUUGCCCUCUGCUGGAUGCCCUUUUUAUCUGACCCCAAACAACCUUUACAAGUUCUUCAUCGCCUUUUUCCUGUUGGUCGGGGUUUGUUUGAGGAUAAAGUGGCUAACACAUGGUGCAGCUUGAAUGUGCUGAUAAAGAUCAAGACCCUGCUGUCCAGAGAGACUCAGCUGUUCCUCAGUUUUGCUCUUACUCUGUUGUUCGUCCUGCCUUCAUCUUUAAAACUGUUGUCCAAACCCACUCUAUGGCAGUUUAAGCUUGCUUUGGUGAACACCUCCCUGGCUUUUUUCCUCUUCUCCUUCCAAGUCCAUGAGAAGUCUAUCCUUCUAGUAGCCUUGCCAGUUUGCCUUGUCUUCAAUGAAAUACCUCUGAUUGCCACUUGGUUUCUACUAACGUCAACUUUCAGCAUGCUCCCUCUUCUGCUGAAGGACGGUUUGCUGUUGCCUUACGUUGUGACCUCAUUGGCGUUCCUCUUUCUGAGUUUGUAUCUGCUCUCUGCUUUAGAGAGAAGUACAGAAGAAGAGCUCAGACUGGGUCUCUAUCGCAAACUCACUCAGCGCUGGCUGCCUAAACUCAACCUCAGCCGGAUCAUUAAAUGGAAAUUCUGGUUUUCACUAGCGGCCAUGGCAGCGUUGAGCUUUACGAGCGUGUGGUUGAAGCCUCCGGCCAAGUUGCCUGAUCUGUUUCCGGUGCUGGUCUCCGUCCUCUCCUUUCUCCACUUUCUGGGCUUCAUCAUAUAUUUCAACCAGGUCCAGUUGAUGGAGCCGCAGAGGAAAAAGAGUCAGAAGAAAACAAACUGAAACAUGUCUUCAAAGACGCUGGUUGUCAAAGGAAGAACUACAGCCAGGAUGAUGGUGAAGGGAAAGGACAAUCCCUUCAGUUAGAAAAGAACAGGAUGGGAAUAGUUUGGGAAAAUUUCAUUUCCUCUUAAUGAGGUUUAGGGAUCUUGCUUGAGUUGAGAAGAGUGAAUUCAAAUAAAGGAGAUACAGUUUUGCCAGACUUUCUCUCACUUGUUUGCCUUGGAGACAAAUUCAGUUAGUGGGAUAUUGGUAUUGUGUAAAUGACCAAACCGUAAGGCCAUUAUUUUUACAUUUUAAAUACAUCAUUAAAUGGUUUUGUACCAAA